AUGAACGGAGACGACGCCUUUGCAAGGAGACCCAGGGAUGAUGCUCAAAUAUCAGAGAAGUUACGAAAGCAUCCCUGGAGACAAGUCUCUGAUCUUGCACUUCAUUUGGUGACUCCCACUCCAUUCUGGAAGGUGAGAAGAGAGCCAGUUAGCAGCAUUAAAGCCCUACUGUGUGGCAGGGGAGAAGCUAGGGAAGGUCCUCAUGCCUUCGAUGAUAUUGCCAAAUACUUCUCUAAGAAAGAGUGGGAAAAGAUGAAAUCUUUGGAGAAAAUAAUCAAUGUGUUUAUGAAGAUAAACUAUGAGGUCAUGACUAAACUAGGUUUCAAGGUCACCCUCCCACCUUUCAUGUGUAGUAAAAGAGCUGCAGACUUCCAAGGGAAUGAUUUUGAUAAUGAUCGAAACCUCAGGAAUCAGGUUGAACGUCCUCAGAUGACUUUCGGCAGGCUCCAGAGAAUCUUCCCGAAGGUGACACCAACAAAGCCAGCAGAGGAAGGAAAUGAUUUGAAGGGAGUGUCAGAGGCAUCUGGCCCACAGAAUGAUGGGAAACAGCUGUGCCCCCCAGGAAAUCCAAGUACCUCUGAGAAGAUUAACAAGACAUCUGGACCCAAAAGGGGGAAACAUGUCUGGACCCACAGACUGCGUGAGAGAAAGCAGCUGGUGAUUUAUGAAGAGAUCAGCGACCCUGAGGAAGACGACGAGUAA